ACUUUACGGCAGCGUGAGAAGCGCACCCGAACAUGUGAAGGAAAACCUCGGAAGCAAAUAAAAGGAAAGAAAACGAAAAGGAAGAUUCCAAAUGGAGAACUACAGUAAGGUUCGUAGUGUGGAGCAUCCGUCCGUAUGUCCGUUCAACCCGGCCGCCGACACACCGGAGGUGCGCGUCAAAGACGGCAGCAAGAUCCGCAACCUGCUGCGCUACGCCCUAAGCCGCAUGGAGGCCAAACCCCGGGCGGCGAAGGGCGGAGGAGCUGAAGGUGAGGUCGACGAGGGUCCGCCGGCCCGCCCCCUCUGCCGCCAGCUGGUGUUCACGGCGAGCGGCAAGGGCGUGUCGAAAGCCAUCACUUGCGCUGAGCUGAUGAAGCGGCGGGUCCGGGGCCUCCAUCAGCUCACCUCGCUGGCCAGCGCCACGCUGACGGACGUGUGGGAUCCCCUGGAGGUGGCCGUCGGCCUUGACAGCCUCACCGUCAGCAGGAAGCUGCCUGUCAUCUGGAUCCUCCUCUCCAAGGACCCUCUGGACCAAAGCAUUCCCGGUUACCAGGCCCCCGGACGCUGCAACAACCUUUGGACUCUCGAUGAAAAAGAGGAGGGGGGAGCACACAAGAGGAAGAGAGGUGGGGGCGGGGGUGGCAGAGGAAGGGGCGGAGGGCGUCACACAGGACGUUCCCGAGACUUCAAAGCACCCAGUUGAUGAUAAAAAAAAAAAAAACAGCAAAAAGGGUGGAAAUUUUCCAUGGGAAGUAAAGUUCGGGAAUUCUGGGGAAUACAGUGGUACCUUGACUUAAACUUAGCCCAACUUAGCAGUUGUUUGAGCUGUGAGCAGUGGUUUGGUGUGUUUUCUUGGGGCAAAAUUAGACUUACAAGUGAGCUUCAGUCAGUCCGCCCCUAGAUGGCGACAGCGAACUAGUCAAAAUCCUGCCACCAUCACUUUGUCAUUGAAUAGUGCAGCUACUACAAAAUUGGGUUGCAACUCUUAGUUUGUGUUAGCAAGAUUAUAAAUACUUAUUAGACAGGCCAAAGUUGCACUAAUUGAAAAGCAGUGCAUUGCUGUCGUCUUGUGGCAUCUACUCUAUAGGCAAUUAUAAAAAUUUUAGAAAGGGUGUCAGUUACUUGUAGAUCUUCGCUAUUUGAGGCAGAGUACAGUCCCUAAAAUAUGUAUUCAUUACAGUGACCGCAUAAACACUAUAGGAGAAAUUCUUUAAUUUUUUUUAUUCGAAAAUAGAAAUGGAUAGUUAUUUUAACAAUUUUUUACACCUCCCAUCAGACUGGAAAAGCAGCAUUUCGUGACAGUCAUGGUAACAUCAUGUGACUCUCGUUACCAUCUCUUGUUACUGUUGCGACUAGGCUUUGAUUUGUGGUUCCAUUACAGUGUGAUUACUUUUAAGUGUAUAUUGGUCAAUUAUGUUUACAGUGAACCUUGUGAGGAUAAGCGGCUCAGAAAAUGGAUGGAUGGAUGUAUUACAUGUGAAUACAUAUUUAUUAGUGUGACCCCGCAACCACUGCUAAAGCAAACCAAAGCAAAUGUAUUUAUAUAGCGCAUUUCAUACACAAUGUAACUCAAUGUGCUUUACAUGAUUAAUAACAUUUAAAAACAAAAGAAAAAAAACUGAUUAUAAACAUUUAAAACAAAGAGAACAAAUAAAAAUUCAAUUAAAUCAGCAAAAAAAUCAGCAUACAGUGCAAGAAAAUAUUUAAAAGUGGAAAUGCUCCAAAAAGCAUGGGGGGGGGGGGGAAGAAGAAGAAGAAUUUUUAACCUGGACUUAAAAACAUGCACACUUAGGGCUGACGUCACUUCUGUUGGCAACUUCCAUUUGUGUGCAGCAUAAUAGCUAAAUGCUGCUUCACCAUGUUUGCGUUGGACUCUGUGCUCCACUAUUUGACCCGAGUCUGUCGAUCUCAGAGCCCUACUGGGUUUAUACUCCAUUAGCAUUUCAUUCAUGUAUUCAGGACCUAAAACGUUUAGUGAUUUAUAGACCAGUAGCAGAACUUUAAAAUCUAUUCUAAAGCUGACUGGAAGCCAGUGUAAAGACUUGAGAAUUGGAGUAAUAUGCUCUGACCUCUUUGUUCUGGUCAGAACCUGAGCUGCAGCAUUCUGAAAGAGCUGCAGCUGUUUAAUGCUCUUUUUAGGGAGUCCAGUCAGAAGACCAUUACAAUAGUCAAGUCUACAUGAGAUAAAAGCAUGGAUGAGCUUCUCCUGGUCUGCUUGACACAUGCAAGCCUUCACUCUGGAUAUAUUCUUCAGAUGGUAGAAGGCAGUUUUAGUAAUUGAUUUUAUAUGACUGUUGAAAUUCAGGUCAGAAUCUAUCAGAACACCAAGGUUUCGGACUUGGUCUUUGGUUUUUAAAGUGAGUGACUCCAGGUAUUUACUAACAGCAGUCCUCUUAAUUGCAAAAACAAUUCUUUUGUUGUGGUUUCAUUGAAGAAAAUUUUGUCUCAUCCAGUUAUUUGUCUGUUUUAGACAGUGACACAACACCUCAAUUGAACUGUAGUAAUCUGGAGACACUGCUAAUUAAGUCAGAAAUUUUUAGCAAAAAAUAAAAAGACACUAAAUUAAAAUUCAUGUUAAUGCCAUGUAACUGUCAUGUAUUAAUAUUACACGUAAUAGUGCAUAUUAUGUACUAUGUGUAAAUAAGUUACCAUACUGUAGCAUAUGGUUACAUGGUGAAAUAAUGUAACAGCAUAACAAAUUGUCUUCAAAAGAUAAGACAUUGUAACCUGUAGUAACAGUAUGGUACUUUGUUACCAUGUUACUACUAUAGGUUACAAUGUGUUACACUGUUAGGAUCCUGUUACACUAUAUUCCUGUCGCAUUAGAGCAGUGAUUCCCAACUUCUGUGGAGCCCAAAAAUGUCACAAAAACUGCAUAACACAGGUCAGUUAAGUACCUUCUGCCAUCUAGUGGAAGAACAUGUAAUUGCUCUUCCUGCCGCUAUACGUCGAUAUGAACAAAGAUACUGUACAUUAUUUGAAGUAACUAAAUCCUUUUCAGACCAGUAAGUAGAUGGAUUGAUAGAUAUAGUACAUGUGUUGAAAGAUAUUUUAUUCAUACUGUGGGGGGAAAUUAAAUUGUCACGUUCACUCAUUUAACCUCAUGCGAAGUAAACACAAAUACAAAGAGCAAGCAUUGAGGAAGAAUCAGCUUUUUAUUUGAUUUUUUAAAGUUAUUAUUAUUAUUUUUUACACUAAUCUUAACAAGAAAGACAACCGUGACGUGUCUCGAGUCUUGUAACUAGUGGUCCAGAUUUAUGUGCAUACAACCCCCCCCCCCCCCCCCCCUCCUUGCCAAAACCUUGGUUGUCAGUUUAACAGUCUUGUGGGUUACAAGUACCACUAGUGGUAGGCGAGCUCCCUUAAGUGGUACUUUAAAGGGUCAACUUAGUAAAUGUUUAAACUACAUAAUGUUACAUACAGUAGGUACGGAAAGUAUUCAGACCCCCUUCAAAUUUUCACUCUUUGUUAUUGAUUGGACUUGAUUAGGAAAGCCACACACCUGUCUAUAUAAGACCUUACAGCUCACAGUGCAUUUCAGAGCAAAUAGAAUCAUGAGGUCAAAGGAACUGCCUGAAGAGCUCAGAGACAGAAUUGUGGCAAGGCACAGAUGUGGCCAAGGUUACAAAAAAAAAUCAGCUGCACUUAAGGUUCCUAAAAGCACAGUGGCCGCCAUCAUCCUUAAAUGGAAGACGUUUGGAACGACCAGAACCCUUCCGAGAGCUGGCCAUCCGGCCAAACUGAGUAAUCGGGGGAGAAGAGCCUUGGUGAAAGAGGUAAAGAAGAACCCAAAGAUCACUGUGGCUGAGCUCCAGAGAUGCAGUCGGAAGAUGGGAGAAAGUUCCUAGAAAGUUGACCAUCACUGCAGCCCUCCACCAGUCGGGGCUUUAUGGCAGAGUGGCCCGACGGGAGCCUGGCUCUCCUCAGUGCAAGACACAUGAAACCCUGCAUGGAGUUUGCGUUUAAAAAAAAAAAAAAAAAAAAAAAAAAAACACCUGAAGGACUCAAGAUGGUGAGAAAUUAGAUUAUCUGGUCUGAUCAGACUAAGAUUGAAUUUUUGGGCCUUAAUUCUAAGCGGUAUGUGUGGUGAAAACCAGGCAGUGCUCAUCACCUGUCCAAUACAGUCCCAACAAUGAAGCAUGGUGGUAGCAGCAUCAUGCUGUGGGGGUCUUUUUCAGCUGCAGGGACAGGACGACUGGUUGCAAUCGAAGGAAAGAUGAAUGCGGCCAAGUACAGGGAUAUCCUGGAUGAAAAGCUUCUCCAGAGUGCUCAGGACCUCAGACUGGGCCAAAGGUUCACCUUCCAACAAGACAAUGACCCUAAGCAAACAGUUACAAUAACAAAGGAGUGGCUUCAGAACAACUUUGUGACUGUUCUUGAAUGGCCCAGCGAGAGCCCCGACUUAAACCCAAUUGAACAUCUCUGGAGAGACCUGAAAAUGGCUCUCCACCAACGUUCACCAUCCAACCUGACAGAACUGGAGAGGAUCUGCAAGGAAGAAUGGCAGAGGAUCCCCAAAUCCAGGUGUGAAAAACUUGUUGCAUCAUUCCCAAAAAUACUCAUGGCUGUAUUAGCUCAAAAGGAUGCUUCUACUAAAUACUGAGCAAAGGGUCUGAAUACUUAUGGCUGUGUGAUAUCUUUCUUUUUAAUAAAUCUGAAAAAAAAUUCAACAAUUCCGUUUUUUCUGUCAAUAUGGGGUGCUGUGUGUACAAUUAAUGAGGAAACAAUGAUUUUAGCAAAUGGUGGCAAUAUAACAAAGAGUGAAAACAUUUAAGGGGGUCUGAAUACUUUUUGUACCCUUGUACAUUAGCUUAAACUUUUUUUUUAAUCUAGUCUAAAGUACAUUUCUUAAAUACAGUUGAAUUGUAUUUAACCCUUAGGUUAAAAAACAUUAGCAUUUAAUCAUUUCAAAAUGUUUGUUUUCAAACAUUUAUUUAGAUAUAAUUUCUAUUUAACUUGUAUGUGCAAUACAUUUUGAUGGAAGCAUUUUUGUAAGCAGUUUUUUAUUUUUAUUUUCCUAUAUUUAAGCACAAUGUUAGCACUUUUGCUGUCUUGCAACCGUGCUUGCUUGGAACAAUCACUGAAAUAAUUGUUAUAUGAAAAUAAACUGAACAAUUGCACAUUGGUUAUUUUCCUUCUUCUUAGUCUAUUUACAUUAGAUUUUUUAAAAUUAUUUGUAUUACUUUUCUUUAGUACCAUUAUGUUUCAUGUUGCAUCAACAGACCGAGAAAAUGCCCAGUUGUGAUAAUGAACGUACCUUUCACUGACACGAGCA